CGCCGCGGCGGCAGGAAGUGAAGGCCGCCCGCUGUGUUAUGCGAGAGCGCUCCCGCACGCGGGGCCGGCGGGAGGCGGGCGGCGGCAGGAGCGCGGGCAGGGCGGCGUCGCCCUGGCGAGAGCGGCGCGGGGCCCCCGCGGCGGGCGGCGGCGGCCGCAGCCUGGCCAUGGAAGGAGGGGCAGCAGACCUGCGACAGAGAAAGAAGCAAAAUGACACGGAAUCUGACAAAAUGGCUCCAGAAGAGAGAAACAAAGAAAAUUCAAAGCUGGGAAGAUCGCCAAAAUAUGUGUUAAUUCAGCGUUUUGCAAAACUUUUUUUUGGCUGUCUUGCGGCAGUCACUAGUGGAAUGAUGUACGCUGUGUACCUCUCAACAUAUCAUGAACGGAAAUUCUGGUUUUCCAGCAGGCAGGAACUUGAACGAGAAAUUACAUUUCAAGGUGACAGUGCCAUUUAUUAUUCGUUCUAUAAAGAACUGCUAAAGGCUCCUUCCUUUGAAAGAGGUGUUUAUGAACUGACACACAACAAUAAGACAGUGUCACUGAAGACCAUAAAUGCAGUCCAGCAAAUGACUUUAUAUCCAGAGUUGAUUGCCAGUGUAUUGUAUCAAGCAUCUGGCAGUGAAGAAGUUAUUGAACCAGUGUAUUUCUACAUUGGUAUAGUUUUUGGACUGCAGGGAAUUUAUGUGACUGCAUUGUUUGUAACCAGUUGGGUUAUGAGUGGGACUUGGCUGGCAGGAAUGCUGACUGUAGCAUGGUUCAUUAUUAACAGGACAGAUACAACAAGAAUUGAUUACUCCAUACCAUCAAGGGAAAACUGGGCUUUGCCGUAUUUUGCAUGUCAAGUAGCAGCUCUCACAGGCUAUUUAAAAAAAAACCUAAAUUGUUCUGCUGAGAAGUUUUGUUACCUUUUGGUGAGCGCUUCGACAUAUACCUUCAUGAUGAUGUGGGAGUACAGUCAUUAUCUCCUGUUUAUCCAGGCUGUUUCUCUUUUUCUACUAGACAGCUUUACCCUGGCACAGACAGAAAAGGUGCAUGAAGUAUACAAAAUCUACUUGUUUUCUCUCUUCUUGGGGUACCUCUUGCAGUUUGAAAAUUCAGCCUUACUAGUAUCACCAUUACUAAGUCUUGUAGCAGCUUCAAUGCUCUCUAAAUGCCUUCAGAUGAAUAUGAAAAAAGGUACAUUUAUGUCAAGAUUGCUGAAAAUAAUGUACAUUUACUUGGUACUUACAAUAACAGUGACACUAAACUUCUUACUGAAGAUGUUUGUUCCUCAUAAAGAAAAUGAGCACUUGCUGAAGUUUCUUGAAGUUAAACUUGGCUUAAACACAACUAAGAAUUUUACAAUGAAUUGGCUCCUUUGUCAAGAAUCUCUUCAGGCACCCUCCCAGGACUUUUUUUUGCGGCUAACUCAGUCAUCACUAUUGCCUUUCUAUAUUUUAGUAUUAAUUAUCUGCCUUUUUUCUGUAACUCAGGUCAUUUUUAGGAGAAUUUGUGGUGAACCACUGAAAGAGACAGUUAAACUUGAGGAUGGUCGAAUUGGAGAGAGGCCAGAAAUAGUUUAUCAUGUAAUUCACACAAUUUUACUUGGUUCUCUAGCGAUGUGUUUGGAAGGAAUGAAAUAUCUGUGGACUCCUUACGUUUGCAUGCUUGCUGCAUUUGGCGUAUGCUCUCCAGAACUUUGGAUGACACUUUUCAAGUGGCUUCGACUGAAAGCUGUACAUCCGAUAUUGCUGGCUCUCGUUCUAAGUAUGGCAGUUCCCACAAUAAUCGGAUUCAGCUUGUGGAAAGAGUUUUUUCCUAGGAUAAUGACAGAGCUUUCAGAACUACAAGAAUUCUAUGAUCCUGAUACAGUAGAACUCAUGACCUGGAUAAAAAGGCAGGCUCCUGUGGCUGCUGUGUUUGCAGGCAGUCCACAGUUAAUGGGUGCGAUUAAGCUUUGUACUGGAUGGAUGGUAUCAAGCCUACCUUUAUAUAAUGAUGAUGAUCUCCUAAAAAGAAAUGAAAAUAUUUAUCAGAUCUAUUCAAAGAGGUCAGCAGAGGAUAUUUAUAAGAUACUCACAUCUUACAAAGCCAAUUUUUUGAUUAUUGAAGAUUCAAUUUGCAAUGAAGUGGGACCUGUAAGAGGAUGUAGAGUUAAAGACCUGUUGGAUAUUGCUAAUGGCCAUGUGGUUUGUGAGGAAGGUGACACUUACGCCUACUCAAAAUACGGACGAUUUUGUCAUGAAAUCAAAAUGAACUAUUCUCCAUAUGUGAAUUAUUUUACUCGGGUAUACUGGAACAGAUCCUAUUUUGUAUAUAAGAUUAACACUGUGAUAUCCUUCCAGUCAUGAAAAAACAUGCAAGCUUCUUUCUGAAGAUAAUUAUGAAUGGAAAUCAGCUGGAAAAGUUCCUUUUGAUCAAGGAAAAUAUUUUUCCAGAUACAUGUGGACACAUACAGUGUACUGACAACUUUAAUUUACCAAACUGGAAUUUUGUGAACUACAGAUCAACAGACAGAAAUAUCAUCCUUGAAGGGAACAGGAAAAUUUGUCAAUUUUAGUCUCUACAAAGUGUGACAGUCUUCCAUGUUCUGGCAUUUGUCUUCCCAUUACAAAUCAUCUUAAUUUUCAUGUAAAUGAGAUUUCUAACAUGAAUGUUCAAUCAUUAAAAGAGACGUUUUGUGGGUAGAUUUCAGUAAAUGCAGAAACAUUAUGUUAAAGACCUCAUUUAAAGUCAUAUAUUUUUUAUUUUCUAGCAAGAAAGCAAUCAGUAUCCUAAGAAAGAGUCUUUCAAAUAAGCGUUUGGGUUUUUAGCUUGUUUUUGUUUUAAUUCUUUCUGUCUUCUACUAUAAACAUCGUUAUGUUUAUCAAACAUUCAUGCAUCUUAUGUGUAGGUAUAGAAUUUGUGUAAAUCAAAUCAGGAAGAUUUGAUUAGAACAGUCCUGUAGAUUAAGGCACUGACCACGUUGUUGGAGCCAUGUUGGUGGAAGCGCUUGGACUUGGACCUAGCUGCAGGACUUGACAAGAUCAGAUCUUCCAAUUUGGAAAGAACAUGUCUGUAGGAUUUCUCUGUUACUUAAACGUGUAUAUGAACAUGCUUAUGUGUGUCUUAACAGUCAUCAGAAUAGGCCAGUAUACCACAGUAUGCCAUACUUGUAUUUAGACAAGUGUUGCAGGACAACUAGGUUUGCUACUGAGACUUCUGCACUUCUCUUCAACCCCCUCUGUGCGGGCAUAUGUGUGUGUGUAAGUGUGUGUCUGGGGAAGGAGGAGUGAUAUUUCAUUCAACUUAUGUAAUAGUUAUAUUAAAAUAGUGCCAUAACUUUGAUUUUAAACACUAUAGUCACCACCAUUAAGAAGUAAUGGUAAAAUAUUUCAUAGCUAUUUUUAAAUCAAUUGUAUAACUACACUUGGAUCUUUCAAAAUGUUGGAAAGUACUUUGAAAUUUUCCCUCUAAAAUAUCUGUCUUCCUUAUAUGACCCUCUAUGUUCCUGCAGCUAAUUUGCUUAACAAAUCUUGUGUUCAUCCUGUUUGUUUUGUACCUAGCUGAUGUACUUUUAAGAGAAUGAAUACUGCUUUAAUUCCAAUGUUGAGCCUAAUCCUGGUGUUGUGAAUGGAAAACUCAACAAAACAGUAACUUUGCUUAGAGAGGUGGAGCUGGCCAAAAAAUGAGAACUUACAUUUUGGAAAAGGUUAUUCAUCUGGCAGGAAUUAUCUGCACUUAUGGAUUCUUUUAACACCUGGGCCAAGGACCAAUCUAUCAGCCAUGUGGGAAUAGUUCUUUGGACCUCAAAUGUCUUUAAGGAAACAUCUGACAUAACAGGGUGAACUUUGUGAUAAAAAUCUCCAAACUAUUCUGUAAAUGAAAGCUGCAAAACUAUUCCCAUUGCAUUUGUUGGUAAAAUGCAAAUUCAGAGGCUUUAACUCUGUGAAAUUACUAGGAACUGCAACAUGUCAGUGUAUAUGUAUGGUUCCUAACUGUUCUAUGCACAUAUGUUUACUUUAUGCUAAAGGUAGUGCUGAGGUUUUUGGGUUUUUUCCCCCUUUUUAAUCUAUUAUCACUAUUGGAGUGAUUUGAAAGAAAAAAAAAAAGCUUUACUGUUGUGAAUGUUAACAUGUCUAUAAUCUAUUUUUCACUUACAUUUUUAAGCCUAAGAGUCUUGACAAAAUGUUAAAUUACUCAUUUUAUUUGAAACCAUUGUUCAGAUAAAUUCGUCAAAAAAUAGUGGAUGUGAUUAUUGAGAGAAACAUUAGUAUAACUGAGUUACAAGUGAAAGUAAGUAUUCUUCCUGGGAAUACAGUUACUGUGUUGAAGAUUGAGUGUAUGUUUGUCCAAAUGCAGUCUGCAAGUAUUUGCUUAUGUACAAGUACGUAUGCUGGACUGCACUGGACUGUUUCAGACUUUACUAUUACAGUAUAACAACAGAAGCUACUGUAUUAACUUGAACUCUGGCAGGCAUGCAGGAACCUUCUCUGUAUGUACUAGUAUGGAUGUAGAUUUAUUUAAUAUUUUGCAGUAAGUUUAGAGUUCCGUAUGUAAUUCAAGUUUGUUUGAAUCACUGUCCGGAAUUACACAUCUGUGUGUCAGUCAGUCAUUCACCUGACACGAAUCAUUCAUGAAUACCAUUUCAUAACAGCAAUAAGGCAUUCCAGGUAGCAAGUUUCAGGGUUACAAUUGCACUUGGGUGGUUGAAGUCACUUCGCUUAUGGCUUCAUGCCUUAUAAUGCCAUGCCAAGAUGCAAUAUUUAACUAUCCUAGACUGCCUGUUGUGUUUUACUGCAGUGCUGUAUGUGUGUGGUACCACAUAGAACAUAGUUUGAAUACGCACAUGGAGAGCACAUCUGUUGAGGAAAAACACAGACAAGGCCAUCCACACACUUAAAGAUAACUCUCUUAGUAUAUUGGCCUUUAUACAUGUUUGAACAAACAUGUUGAACCUUAUUUGAACUGUGACAUAGUUAUUGUUAUUAGUUUUGUCAUAGUUUUUAAAAUGUAUUCUUGAUACUUCAAUUGAUUCUGCUUUAGGAGAAUCACUUAAGAUUUUUACCUUGCUUUUUAUAUUAGGGAAAAUUGUAUUGCAGCAACAUUGGCACAGCAGCCUUAAGUAACAGAGAAGGAGUCUUGUAUCUGGGAGAAACAUAGCUGUUGUCCCAGUGAGAAGGCAGAUUUUUUUAAAAAGAAGUGACUGGAAGAAUUGUAUCUUAUGAAGAAAAUGAUAAAAUUGAACUUACUCAGUUACAGACUAGCUAAAAUAAUACUGUCUAUUCCAAUUUCCACAUUCUGUAAUAAAGGAAAAAUAAGUUCCAUGAUACCCUCAGAAGGACAAGAACAGGGCAUAAUUACAUCUGAUGUGUAUGUACAACCCUAGCUUGUUUUUCAACACAGGACACAAGUCUAACUUCCUGAAGGAGUUGGGGGAAUGUUUUGCAAAUUUUGAUCUGUUUUGCUGUAGAUGUUGCAAUUCAGUUGAAACAUGUGCCUUGCAAGCUUUUAUUAAACAGACAAAAAACUCAA